UAGUUUAUUGUCAGCCCACCAGACUGAGCAGGAGAAGCUGGAGGAGAGGUGAAUCGCCAGACAGACUACAGUGGAAGAGUAUUGUCCGCAGGGCGGCCCAUGCGUGGCAAAGAUCGAAGCGACGUGAAAUUCAUGGGCAUAAUUAUCUGACAAAACUGAAAAUAACUCGCACAUCCCCUGCACCGCGUGUGAAUGCAAGUAUUAUAAUAUACGACGAAUCGGUCACGGAAUCGCUCGAGGUCUCACAGUCUCUGGGUCCGCGAGGACAUUGACUAAAAGUCCUGCAGAGCCUGAUUCUCAAAACGCUCAAAGCUCUCUCACUCUGCUUGCGUUAUACCCAUCACACUCCCGGCCGAGCUUUUGUUUCACGAGGGAAAGUGCUAGUUGCCGUCUAGUAGCUGAGGACUCCAGGACUCAGCUGAUUGCCAUGGCUACGGAAGCUCCUCGCAAGCUCAGGGUGUUAGGCCUCCACGGAUUCCGAACCAGCGGUGCCAUUCUGAAGAAACAGCUCUCCAAAUGGACUCCUGCUGUUCACGACCUUCUCGAUAUCACGUAUCUAGACGGUCCAACGCCUGCCCAGGGCGAGUCCGAUUUUGCACAUAUCUUCGAAGGUCCAUAUUUCGAGUGGAUGCAGAGCAAUAAGGAUUAUUCCAAGUUCUUCAACUACAGAGAAUCUCUCGCAUAUAUAAUGGACUUCAUGGAAAAGAAUGGACCAUUCGACGGGGUCUUGGGAUUUUCUCAGGGUUGUACUUUGGCUGGAUGUUUAGUGGCCGUGCAACAAAGGAAAUGGGAGAUUCUGGGCAAGUCAGCAGCUGACCUUCCUCCCAUCCGCUUUUAUAUCGCGAUUGCCGGAGCUCACCUGAGAGAUCCAGGCAUUCACGAUGUUUACCUGGGUUCUCCUAUCGAUGUUCCAUCUUUGCACUUCUCCGGAGAAAAAGACCCUCUGCAUGAGCCAUCCACAUUCUUUCUUCGAUACUGGAAGGACCCUGUUGUUAUAACGCAUCCCGCAGGCCACACUGUUCCGAGAUUAGACGAAACAACCGAAAAAACUGUGGUGACAUUUUUGAAGCAAUUCCACACUGCGCAGCCCGCCGCAGCAGACGAGAUUGUCGAGAAGUAAACAGCGAGAAAUAAGCUGAACUUCAUGGUAUUCUCUCUUUAAGAGCGGAGUGUACUCAUUGUCAUCCUGGUGACUGCGUUUCAUUUCACUUCACGAAGGACACUUAUAAUAGCCUUGGUAGGAGUAUUGAUGCAUUGCCAAUAUUUCUGGGAAGGCUUUCCAUCGCGAAUGGUUCCUCCCUGCAAUCUAGAGUGUCAUCUUUCUAAAUCAUUUCCGGAAAAUAAUGUUCACUGCAAUUCUUUUUUGCCAGUCAUCUCUGACUACCCUACGUUGUAAGUAAAUGGUACAAAAGGAAUUCGCUCAAUUGUGCUAUCGAGUACAUACACAGUCCAUGUCAGCACGUCUUUACACGUGAAUAUCUACCAAUGCAAGCAAACCUCAA